ACAAAUACCACUAUUGGGAGACAAUUUGCACAGCCUUUUCCCCUCUUUUCUAAUCUCCCACAGAAAUCAAUACACAAACAUGAUGGAUUACAACUCUUCUUGUCAUGGUGACAAGUUCCAAGUGCAGUUAUUGCCUUCAAUGUACGGUGUUGAGUUCUGCGUGGCGUUGGUUGGUAACCUGUUUGCCCUGAGACUCUUGGCGACCAGGGAGAGGAACAACUGGCACACUGGUGUGGUGCUGUCCUGUAACCUGGCCAUCAGUGACCUGCUCUAUGUCCUCACCCUGCCCCUGCUCAUAGUCUACUACAUGCAGGACAAGAACUGGCUGUUUGGGGUGGCGGUCUGUAAGAUAGAACGCUUCCUCUUCACCUGCAACCUGUAUGUCAGUAUCUACUUCAUCAUGUGUAUCAGUGUGAACCGCUAUGUGGCCAUUGUGUACCCCUUCUUCAGCCGGAACCAUGUGAACCCAGCCAAAGCCAAGGCUGCCAGUGUCGUCAUCUGGAUCUUUGUGACAGCCAUCUCCUCUCCUGUGCUGAAGUUUGCCUCCACAUGUCCAGAGGGAACCAACAAAACCCGUUGUGUAUCCUACUCCUAUUGCACCAACAGUGAUGCAGUUGCAUACACUCACUUGUUUUACAAAGUAUUUCUGUCUGUGGCUGGGUGUUUUAUUCCCUUCCUGGUCACAUUUGCAUCAUAUUGCGCAGUGUUGAGGGCGGUGUGGAGGAAUGUGAAUAUCACCUCCCUGGAGAAACGGAAGGUGGCCCUGAUGGUGUUUGCAGUGGUUGUGAUGUAUGCCAUUUCCUUUGUGCCUUAUCACCUCCUCCAGAGCUACUAUUUCUACCAGAAGGUUGACGAACUUGGCUCUGUCUGCGACUGGGUGUACAAGGCCUACCAGGUGUCCAAGGGACUGGCUACACUGAACAUGUGCAUCCAUCCACUGCUCUACAUGGCUGUGUUUGAUAACAUCCGAGUCGCCUGCUGUGGAAGAAGCUCAGCAGAUAUGGCAAUGAAUAAUACAUGAACAAAAUGAUGCUCUCGCUGCUCUUUGGAUGCUUGCACUAAUGGUGUUUCUGAUAAGCAAGUGUUACACACAGUUGAUGACUUAUCUGUAAAUAACUGUAGCUAUAUGCACUUCCUUCCAAUGUUCUGAUGUAAGAUGUUUUUGAUGGUCAUGUUUCUUUUCAUGAUGUCUAAACUAUGCCCUCUUCUAUAUUCAUUAUUACAGUAUCAGAUAAUAGCAAUUGAACAUAUUCAAAAUAACUAUUUGAAAUGUAGCUACAUUACAACAUAAUAACUUACAGUUUUCACAUGAAGAGAAAUAUAUUAACACCAAAAGCACUGGAUAAAAAGUUAUUAUAACAACCACUUUUGCCCUAGGAGACAGUGGAUGGAAACGCGUGCUAGUUUGAAAUUGAAAAGAGUCGCUGUAGCUGUUGAUAAAGAACAUCAAGAUGAUGCAGCUGCUUUAGAAGUGGGAUGCACUGUUGAGCGUUACAUCCCGAGGGGUUCGUGCUGAUUGUAUGGAGAUUGUGACAGCCUUAAAUGGCAUCUCCUGAGAGGGCAAGAACAAGAUGAAUGUGAGAAGUGCAGUAUUAUCAUAAGGUGAUGUAUACUUGGAGGAAGGGGGAAUGGAGGGAGAACGUGAGGCAGAUGAGGUCUAAAAGAGAGGGAGAAAUCGGGUGAGCUUAAGUCGGUUAAAAAUGGCGGGGAAAAGGGAGAUGGUUUGUUAAAGAGGAAUGGUAGAAAGCUGUUGUACGCAGGAUUGAAGACAGGAGGGGAAAGGGAAGUGAAACAGGGCGAAGUAUCGGAGGCGCAAUGGCGACCUGUCAUUCGGGCAGGAAGCUCCACCUGUUUAGUAAAAUACUUUUUUUUU